CGACCAAGUCAUCUCUAGUCACAGGCCAUGAGGAGCAGGUCCGUAAAAGGGGAAGGGGCCAUGUGCUCAGGGGUGCACUCAUAAGCUUGUACCUCCCUUGAAGGCCCUUUGCCCAGACCACCUGGCCAGUGGUUCGCCGCGUUGCAUUCCAUCAUGCCUUGGGAAGACUCACCUUCAUCGCGCCAUUCAUCACUGCACUGUGGGACACUUACCUUGAAGGAUCCGGACAUCUCCAAUGCCGUGGCUGUCCUGGGGGUGUGAGUAUGUGCCCAGAGAGAAGCCAGCCAUGCCCUUGCCCCCAUAGCCGGCUCACAACCCCUGCCUGACUCAGCUAUUCUGCUACCGAAAGCCGAGCAGAUUCCUCCCUAGAAGAGAAGAUCUAGAGAGCAACUCAGCUUUUCUGCUGUAUGAAACAGAGCCAAGACCCUGCUGCAGGACGGGAUCUCUCGCCUAGAGUGACUCUGCACUUCUGCUCUUUAUCGCCUAGCAGACACCUCGCUGAGAGGUGGGAUCUCUCUCGACUCUCGCAGACCGUGGCAGAGCCUGUGAUUCGGUAGCAAUGGCCACUGGCGACAAAUACACGAUUAUACGCACCAAACGCAAAGAGCUGAUAGGAAUCAUUCAGAGAGACCCCGAGAGCGUCUUAGACGAGUUACUAGCCCAGUCCGUCAUCACGGAGGAAGAGUACGACAGCGUGAACCAGCUACAAGACAAAGUGGCCAGAAUUAGGAAAUUGCUGAUUUACAUACAGAAAAGGGGGGAGUCGACCUGCCGAGACUUUCUGGAGUGUUUAGAAAUUUUAUUCCCAGGCACAAAUCGGCUUUUGCAACCUUCAGAAUACGAUUUUUUCAACCCAGAGCGAGAUUCACGUACUGUGCGAGACCCAGAACCAAGGGAGAGAGAUUUUUUCAAUCCAGAGCACCAUACAGAGCUGAAGGAUGAAGAUGGUUUCAAUCCAGAGCAGGAAUCAGAGACUCAGGAAGACCCAGAGCCAGAGGAGAAAGAUGAUUUCAAUCCAGAGCCCGAUCCACAGCUGGAGGAGGAAGACAGUUCAAAUCCAGAGAAGGAAUGAGACAUUGAGCCAGACCUGGAGACGGGUGGUUCUGAUUUGGAGCAGGAAUCAGAGACUCGGCAAGAUCAAGAGCCCGAGGAGGAAGAUGGCUCAAAUCCAGAGCAAGAAUUAGAGACGGAACCAGACCCUGAGCCAGAAGGUUCAAAUUCAGAGCAGGAAUCAGAUACUCAGUAAGACCUAGACCCUGGUGGGAGAAAAACCAUGUCUCAAAAGGAACAUCCUCAUAGGUGAUUCAUUCUUUAUCCGUAGAGUCUACUUUGACUGCCAUGGGCUGCCCUUUGAGUUCCAACCGCUUAUAACCAUUAAUUCACUCCAAGAGGCCACUGACGGAGAAGAGCAAUUCCCUUGCUGUUGCCAGGAUUGCAUUGUUAACUAGAAGGGGGAUCCCUGUGUAGCGCUGUGCAUGAUCAUAGCAGCACUGCGAUUUCUUCAUCCAUCGGGACGUGGGGUUUGGGAACGUCCCUCGGGAAACCGCAGAUGGGCUGGUUGAGAUUUUCUGGUAUUUCCCUGCUGGGAGGGAGAAUUCAAUUGCACCCGUGUGAACUAUCCCAUCCAGCGCAAAUGGUCAGGGCGCAGGCAGGAGAAGUGGGAGGCCACAACUGUUUCUCUAAUUGUAGCUCUUGAAAUUGGCAUCCAAGCCUUUGUCACUUCGCUGUUAGACCCGGUCGGACACGGCAGCUGGUGCAGAAUUCGGCAGCUAAGCAAGGUGUCAUUUCACGAGGCAAACCUGUGACCAAUAAUAGCUGCCAAUUGGUUCCCAGAUUGACUUGAAGAUCUUGGUUAAACUGCCAGGUGGCGUAAGACCUACCUAUUAAUGGCUGCUUCUCUCUCUGUGAUAUCUGCUGUCAUGUCCACCCUCUGCCUAGGUCCUUUCUCACCCACUGAGCUGGGAAGCUCAGAUGCGUUCUGCAGUGGUUCCCUUGCUUGUUCAACGGUGCUGAAUCUUUCCUCUCCGGGGCCUCAUUCUUCUCUCUUCUUGCUGCUUCCUUGUAUUUUACCAUCACUCCCUAGAUGCAGCCCCCUUGCACUUUCUUCACUGGAUGCCAAUGGUCCAAAUAUCCAUUUUAUUAGCCCCUUCUGAAGCCCUUCACCAUCCAGCUCACCCAAAAAAUUGGGUGACACUAGCCAAUUUCCCCAUCUCCCUCUUCAUCCCAUUAUUCCCAGCCUGUAAUAAAUAUAGUGAAUAACUCCAGCCCUGAUAUUGAUCCCACCCCUGGAUGUGGGGUUGCAUUUUCAAACCAAUUCGAUUAUUUGCACUCACUGCUCCUAUGGAGGGUGUGGAGGGGUCGAGGACAAGCUCCAGAACUGCUUGAUGCACAGUGGCUGUCAAAAAGGCUAACAAUAUGUCAGGAACUAUUAGGAAAGAGAUAAAAAAAUAAGACAGAAAAAUAUCAUCAUGUCACUGCACAAAUCUGUGGGUUCAGAAAAGAGCAACCAAGAUGAUCAAGGGUAUGGAACAGCUUCCACGCGAGGAGAGACUGAAAAGAUUAGAGUUGUUCAGCUUACAAAACAGACGACUAAAGGGGGAUAUGAUGGAGGUCUAUAAAAUAAGGAAUGGAGUAGGAAAAGGGAACAGAGAAGUCUUAUUCACCCUUUUCUACAACACAAGAACCAGGGAUCACCCAUGGAAAUUAACAGGCAGCAGGUUUAAUACAAACCAGAGCAAGUGCUUUUUCCAUGCAACACACAAUUAACCUGUGGAACUCAUUGCCACAGGAUGUUGUGAUGGCCAAAAGUAUAACUUGAGUUAAUUUUAAAAAAACAACUGGAUAAGUUCAUGGAGGACAGGUCCAUCAGUGGUUAUUAGCCAAGCACAAUCCCAUGCUUGUAGCCACCCUAAACUUGUGACUGUAAGAACCCAAGAGUGGAAGACAAAGGUGGAUCACUCCAUAGUUGCCUUAUUCUGUUCUCUCCACGAAGCUCUGUUACUGGCCACCAUCAGAGACAGGAUACUGGGCUAGAUGGACCUUUGGUCUGACCCACUAAGGCAACUCUUAUGUUUCUUAUGUAACCUCCCUUCUCUGAUGGGUGCAAACUUUCUUCUGAUCUCCUGCCUCAGUUUAUUCCUGGCUAGUUUAUCCUCAUUUGUUCUUGGGCUGACACUGUCUUUUAGCUUCAGUAGCUCUUCACCGUCCCUGGUGUUUGACCCACUAAGUAUGGGAUUUCCAGGGCAGUAUGUUGGAGAAGGCAAUUUCAACACAUUUCUCCAUUGUCAAAAGAGCUGGAGUGGAAAGCCAACAAGGCUGAAUGGACCUAACUGUGAAACAAUGGCACAGCCAUCAGAGGGGCAUUAUCUUAGGGAGUGUGUACAUGGGGAAAAUAAUUCAGAUUAAGGUAGGGUGUGAAUUUAAUAGCAGAAUAGCUAUUCCUUAUUAACUCCAUGUGUGGACACACUUAUUCUGGAAUAAGGUACCCUUGUUCCAGAAGAAGCAUACUCCCACAUGGAGUGAAACUGAAAUAGUUAAUCAGGAAUAACUCCAUGUGUAGACAAGCCAUAAAUCCACAUGGGGACCAAUUUAGGAAUAGCUAUUGAGGUUCAUGUUCCCAUAGAGACAAGCACUGAGAUGCUUUCCUUAUCUGGAGUUAACUGGGAGCAGGCUUCUGGGCUUGCUAAACAAUGUAAAUGGGUCUGCUCCCGGAACUGAGAAGUGAAGCUUACCUAACUGAGCUUGUAGUGAAGCAGAAGGUGGUUUGCCAGGAGUAGAUUUUUAUUGAUAAAUGUCGAUAAAUGUUGAUUUCAGCAUACACACAUGAACCAAUGCAAAAAUAUUUCCAUCAAUAACAAUCGAAAUUUACAGAGAGCCAAACUAAAGAAAAUGCUGCCUGAGAAUGUAUUGGCCUUUGGUUUAAGGCUGGCUAUUAACUGUGUACACUUUGACUUAUGCAGCGUUGUUGGUCGGUCCCAGGAUAUUAGAGAGACAAGGUGAGUGAGGGAAUAGCUUUUUUUUGGGUCAACUUUCGUUGGGAGAGGGAACGAAACUUUUGAGCUACACAGAGUUCUUCUUCAGGUCUGGGAAAGGAACUCCAACAGUGUCACUGCUAAAUAUAAGAUGGAACAGAUAAUUUAGCAUAACCGGUCAGCACAUAUUCUAAGGGCCCAUUGAAGGUGACAUGUCCCGUUAAUACCCAACGAUAAACCUGAGAUACAGUAAUGAUAUUUUCAUCUUCAACUCCCUCAUCGAUUUCCACCACAACUUCAACAAUCACCAUCUGUCCAUUAAACUCUUUCUGGAACUUUCCCACACUAGCAUCAACUUCCUGGAUGCCACAAUCAGCUUCAACAAUGGAACCCAACAGACAACCAUAUAUAAGAAACCUACAGAUCUCCACACCUGCCUUCAUAGUUCUAGUAACCACCCCAAACACGCCAAAGACAUCUGUUAUCUACAGCCAGGCAUUCAGGUGCUCUGAGGAGAUAGUCUGCUAGAUACACCUUAACACAGCCAAAACUGCCUUCACCAAACACGGACACUCCGCCGGAGAAGUAGAUCUUAUCAUGGAACGGGCCACCCAAAUACCCUGAGAGAACCUGCUUCAAUACAGAAAUAAAACCCUCUCCAAUCGCACGCCUCUAGUUGUCACCUACCCCACACGCUGGAACCCACAUAGUGUAUCAUCAAACAACUACAACCCAUUCUCGAUGGGGACUCCGUCCUGAAAGAAAUCUUUCCUGAACCCCCUCUUCU